AUGGUCAACUUCACCAUCGUCAACGGCCAAAUAUACACGCCAGGCCUGGCAAUUGUCGAUGCACCACAGCCUAACACGCCCCUCGGAGGAGGCAAGUCCAUGCGCCAAAACCUCAGAAUCUAUCAACAUCUUACUAAUUUCUUAGACAACCUACAAAUCGCAAUCGACGUCUCCGGCAAUGGCCAAUUACCAUGGCCGGCAUCAACUCAGCCCGACUCAUCCACCCGGUUCCACGACAUCACACUCUUCUUAACCUCCGAGUCGCACAACUUCACCAUCUCCAACGGCACAAAGCCCGCGUCUAACACAAGCUACGUCGGUCCCGUCUUGGACCUGGAGCCCUCAUCCACCGUCACACAUGUGAAUUGGAUAUGGCCCGAAUGCCUUGUGGGAGACGGCUCUGGCUCAAAGGAAUCGGCGCGCGGGGCAUACAAUAUCUCCAUGCACCAGUCUUUCCGCUGGAAUGGGACAGACUAUUAUACUGUCUUUGACCUGCCGGUCUCUGUCACCAACAGUAUAUCUAAGAAUGAUGACCGGAUCGACUGCGAUCUGCUGGAAAACAAGCUUCUUAGCGCGGCGGAGAUCGGCGAGAGCUCGGCUUCGCUACCUGGGCAGCCGUGGGUUGAGGGUGGAGUUAGUACGACGGUAUUGAGUCCCGAUACGGGGGCGGGUAAUCGGUGUCAUUCGGGCUUCAAGAGAGUGGCUGGCAUUGCCAUUGCCGCGACGGCUAUUUUGCAUUUCCUGGGUUGA